AUGGAAUUUUCGCGACCAACUUAUAACUUCACGGACGCGGUGAAUCUUCACACCCAGGACUCGAUCAUGUCCCACCAAAAGCUCAUAAUUCGGCAACAACCUCUUCAAUCCAAGACCUGUGCAGAGGACAAGGCUAACUUUCCAGACAAAUCACCAAUUGACCCACCCCCUAUCGUAGAGUUGAAAGUCGACCCUCGGCAGGACCCAGCGCAAGGUUUCCUACAUAGUACGUAUCUUGAGGAUAAGGUUUCUGUAAUUAUUUUACCGCAAUCAAACCAGGACCAGCAUUCCAAUACGGCAAGAGCGAUUUCAGGCCAACUGACUUCGACUUUACAGCGGCUGAAAGAUUCCGACGCUCCCAACGCUAGCGAUGGAGCGUUCUUCAUUUUUGGGGACAUGCAAACCAGGCAGGCGGGCAAAUUCCGAUUACAAUUUUCCUUGUACGAGAUGCGCGGCGGAAAUUGCCACUACAUCACGUCGGUCGUUUCCGAUAUUUUUGAGUCGUACUUGCCGAAAUUCUUCCCAGGACUUCGAGGAGCUUCUGCUUUAAGUCAUAGAUUUAUCGCCCAAGGUGUCAAGUUAAAAGCUCGCCGGGAACCGCGUACAUAUCUCAAAGAGAAGGGACCUGCUUCCGAUGACUAUCAGCCCCGACAUUAUGAAACAGGAAGGCACAAAGCCAUACCGUCCCCUCCAUUGCAGACACAGGAACAACUCAAGCGGUGUUUCUCGCAACAGUCGCAACAGUCGGCAGUAUCCUAUCCAGAGACUGCUGGUACUCCAUACGACGAAUACCCAAAUUCGAAACGCCCUUGUACCGAUUUAAACCAGAGCCAGUCUCCGGCAUUCAAUCCAAACUAUGCUGGCGGCCGUCAGUCGUCUGUCUCCAAUCAAGGUUUCCAACAAGCCCCAGGAUAUGGCGACUGUACCUAUGCGGAAUUCCCACAGCCUGGUAGUGCUUCUGGUCCGGCUUCAGGAUAUGGCGGCUACGCCUGUGCAGAAUUGCAACAACCUGCAGUCUCUCAUGGCCCGACUCCUAGAGGGGCUCAAUCGUCUGAGUUGGCGUCGGUAUCUUGGUCGCAGGAUUUCACACCGCCACUUCAAACGUUUGAUCCUUUUUGGAGUAUCCCAAACUUGCAGUUUGAUUUCAACCCAAUACAAGCAUCGCCAAUGGAGCCAGGGAUGGGAUUUAUCCAGCAAGGGUUACCAGGUUCUUCGCUGGCUGCCGUCCCGUCGAGUUUUAGCGCAGGCUAUGGCAAUAUAGAUCCACCGCCGCCGAGGACCCACAGCGAUUUUGGGCUCCAAGGUUUCUAUGGGCCUAACGAGGGCCAGUGGAACUCGUUCCAGGACGGCCAAUACUCAACAGGAACCUUUGGUCAGAAUCAGAACAUGUCGGCCGGCAACUUCGGGACGGGGUUCUUCGAGGGUGGCCAUGAAUGCAGCUGUCAGCAAUGUAAUCAAGCAGUUGAGUGCGGCAAGACGAUUUGCAGGGGCUAG